UUUCUUGUCCGCAGAACUCUUGUACCGGCUGGGCACGUGCUGGUGCACGUGCACUACGCUGCGUUGAAUUUCCGCGAUGUGAUGGUUGCUUCUGCCAAGUUGGAUGCAGACGUUUUGUCCUGUAUCGACCCGGACGCUGUAAUUGGGUUCGAAUUCUCUGGUCGCCUCUCGGACGGCCGCAGAGUCAUGGGAAUGAGGAUGGGAGGUUGCUUGUCUACGGAGGUUAUAGUACCUGAAUUUUUCUUAUGGGAUGUACCUGAUGAAAUGACUCUCCUUGAAGCUUCUACCAUACCUGCUGCCUACGGAACGGUGGUGUUCGCGCUGGAGAUGGUGGGGCGCAUGGCGGCG